GUGUGUGUGGAGGGUGUGCGGUGUGUGGGGGUGAAUUUAAAGAGGCGCCGCCCCUUUUUAAAAUUAGGUGCUGGGAGGGCGGCGCCUUGUGCGGGCUGGGGCGGGCGCCAGGCCUGUUUUCGAAGGGACUACCCCCCCAUCCCCAGUUCCUGCCGCCCGAGUGUCCCGCCCGCCCGGGCUGCUGUCCGAGGGAGGGGUUUCCCCUUCUCUUCCUCUUGCACUUCCCACUCCGUUUCCGGGGGCCCAGCAGGAAGAUUGGGGAAGUCGUCUGCUCCUUGGCAACGUCUCUCGGGUGCCGGAGACCCCUGUCCUGCCCGGGGCACCGCGUCCUCUGCUCUCCCUGUCCAGCUGACCCCUUCCGGGCCGCAAGCUUCCACCCCGCCUUUCCCGGCCGCUUCCCGGGCGGUCUUGGGGCCUGACGUCAGUGAGCUGGAGCAACUGAGACAGGAGGCCGAGCAGCUCCGGAACCAGAUCCGGGACGCCAGAAAAGCAUGCGGGGAUUCCACACUGACCCAGAUCACAGCUGGGCUGGACCCAGUGGGGAGAAUUCAGAUGAGAACACGGAGGACCCUUCGUGGACACCUGGCAAAAAUCUAUGCCAUGCACUGGGGGACAGACUCAAGGCUGCUGGUCAGCGCCUCCCAGGAUGGGAAGCUCAUCAUCUGGGACAGCUAUACCACCAACAAGGUCCAUGCUAUCCCUCUGCGCUCUUCCUGGGUCAUGACCUGUGCCUACGCCCCCUCAGGGAACUUUGUAGCCUGUGGGGGUUUGGACAACAUCUGCUCCAUCUAUAGCCUCAAGACCCGAGAGGGCAAUGUCAGGGUUAGCAGAGAGCUGCCUGGCCACACUGGGUACCUUUCAUGCUGCCGCUUUCUGGAUGACAACCAAAUCAUCACCAGCUCUGGGGAUACCACCUGUGCCCUGUGGGACAUUGAGACAGGCCAGCAGACAGUGGGUUUUGCUGGACACAGUGGGGAUGUGAUGUCCCUGUCACUGGCCCCUGAUGGCCGCACCUUUGUGUCGGGUGCCUGUGACGCCUCCAUCAAGCUAUGGGAUGUUCGAGAUUCCAUGUGCCGACAGACAUUCAUAGGUCAUGAGUCUGACAUCAAUGCCGUGGCUUUCUUCCCCAAUGGCUAUGCCUUCACCACGGGAUCAGAUGACGCCACAUGUCGCCUGUUUGACUUGCGGGCUGAUCAGGAGCUGCUCAUGUAUUCCCAUGACAACAUCAUCUGUGGCAUCACCUCGGUUGCCUUCUCGCGCAGUGGCCGGCUGCUGCUCGCUGGCUAUGAUGACUUCAACUGCAACAUCUGGGAUGCCAUGAAGGGUGACCGUGCAGGUGUCCUCGCUGGCCAUGAUAACCGUGUGAGCUGCCUUGGGGUCACAGAUGAUGGGAUGGCCGUGGCCACAGGCUCCUGGGACUCCUUCCUCAAGAUCUGGAACUAACCACCCCAACCCCAGAUGGGCCUAGGCAGGGAGCGGCCCUGCCUGUGCCCACACUACAGGCCCGGAGCUUUGGGGCUGGGUACACAUGCCAAGCCUCCCUCCCUGGGCUACAGGGCCAUGGGUCCUGCUCCUACACCCAGGUUUGGUUCCUCCCGGGGGCGGGGGGAGGGUGCCCUGUGAAGAUAAAAGUCGAGAUGGAAUGGGGAAGAAGGGCAGGAAAGCCCUCACUCUUUGCUGCCCUGGGGCUGGGGCCUCACCCCUCUGGAGGGCCAGAGGCAGGAGAUGGAAACCCCAGAGGCUGGCUUUUUUAAACUGGUUUUAUUUUAAUUUUUAUUAUAUUUUCAGUUUUUCCAUAAAGGAACCACUUCCAACUCUA